AUGUUGAAGUUGGUAUUAUAUUUCUUUUCAAUUUUCUCUUUUACUGAUAUUGUGAAUAAUGCAUUGAGUCUUCCAGAACAUUUUGGACAUUCAAGGUUUUUAUCUGUGAAUACGCUGCAUCCCAAAAAUACAAACUUUACAUACUUCACAUUUACUCAAGCCUGGCCCACUACCGUAUGUUUACAAGGGGAAGAAGAACAUCAUAAAUGUAACAGAGUUCUAAACGUAACGGGAUGGACAAUUCAUGGAUUAUGGCCGUCAGGAGGUUCAAGCAAAGAAGGGCCAGAAGAAUGCAACAAAACAGCUGAAUUCAACUCAUCUGCUGUGGCACCAUUAUUGAAAGAGUUACAAAUGUAUUGGCCAAACUUGUACAUUGAUACAGCUGCUAACGGCUUUUGGGAACAUGAAUGGUUUAAACACGGAACAUGUGCAGCUAGUGUAAAACAGACUGCCAAUGAGUAUUUAUACUUCUUACAAGGUUUGACACUUUACAAAGAAAUAAACCUUACAAAUGUGAUGGCAGAAGUAGGAAUUGUGCCAGAUGAUGACAAACAAUAUGAUGUAUAUAAGAUAUUAACAAGUUUAAAGAACAAAUUAAAUGGAAUAGAACCCGUUAUAAGCUGUUUUAAAAGUAAACGUGAUGGGAAGUUUUAUUUGGACCAAAUGGAGAUUUGUUACUCCAAAGAUUUCGAAAUGGUGGACUGUACACAACAAAGAACAAAUACGCUGACUUUCAGGUCGCUAAAAGACAUCUUAAAACCUGAAACCAGUGAUAGACAUUUACAAAAUUGUCCUAAAGAAGGUUUUGUAUACUAUCCAACAGUUCACGGCACUGUUUAA